CUAAAACGCUGCUAGUCUGUCAUCAUGCUGAGAGCUGGCUUUGUGAUUUGUGUGAUUUUGGCACAGCUUUCGGGUGGACCCCUUGCUAUCCGCAUUCAUUGCCGUCACACGGAGAGUAUCCAUGAGGAAAACAUUCACCACUGCUGUAAGCAUCCUGAUGGCCAUAACGAUGUUACGGAAAUGUGUGCUAAGCAGACCAACUUUCGCCUGCCGAAUCCCAAUGAGGAGGCCAUGGAAGAUGUGACAGUGGACCAGGCCAUGGUGGGAACCUGCUGGGCCAAGUGCGUUUUCGAUCAUUACGAUCUGAUGGAGAACAACACCCUGGAUAUGGUUAAGGUGCGAUCGUAUUACAAAAGGUAUCAUUCGACGGAUCCGGAGUAUGAGACAGAAAUGCUGAGUGCCUUCCGAAAAUGUCACACGAAAUCUGAGGAUGCCACUGAACAGUUUCUUUCACUUCCGAUUGUUAGGGCCUUUGCAACUUCUAAAUUCUGUAAACCAACCUCCAGCAUUAUCAUGUCCUGUGUUAUCUAUAACUUCUUUCAUAAUUGUCCCAAGAGUCGUUGGUCUAAUACCACCGAGUGUGUGGAAACUUUGGCCUUUGCCAAGAAGUGCAAGGAUGUCCUAACGACGAUGUGA